CAGGAGGGCGCCUCUCAGCCAGGAAAGCCCGAACCCGACCACAGAAACAAGAUUUCGAGUCCACUAACUCGCUCGCGUCACUUACUGAGCGUCUUUAUUGCCCCAAACUUUAUGAAGAAGCGUCCCGCCCUCAUGGCGAUCAGUGACACAUCGCUAACUUGACGCUGAUUUACUGCGCUGGUAGAUCAUUCAAGGCCGCCGAGGGUACAGCCGCGUAUCAGCUUCUACACUUUGCGAUGAGUUAAACUCACAAUCUGACUCGCAGAUCCAUUCAACAGCUGCGGCGCUCCGGUCGGUCUCUCGAUCCGCAGCUCCAUUUGGUCAGCUAGUGCAUCGCAUCUUCCCCACACCCCAGAGAACCGUCGCGAGGCUACCUUGGUGUGCUUACGGGAGCUUCGUCUUCCAUUGGGGAUAGCGAAAUGUGCCACGUCGUUUGCCCGGGCUUGCCAGUGGUCUGCAGCACUCAUGGGAAUGCCCGAGCUGUCACCGCGAUGGGGCAACUCCUAAAAAUCGGCCUUUGGCAUGCCGAUUUAGGCGACAUUGAUGACGCCGAUGCAACGGCUCUCGGUGCGCAUUGCACAGUGGACAUCUGUCGGCUGCGAGAGUCAUAGGCCGAUACACAUCUUCGGGCUGCGCGAGCGACGCCCAUUCGCCUGGACCAGCGCUGACGCUACCAUGGACUCAGCGAGUAUAAAAGGGCCCAACUUGGUGCACUCGAUAUGACAUUAUCAGCUCCUUGCAUCUAAACAACAAUGUCUUCCACUACCACUUACAAGAAAGUCAUUCUAGUCAUCGGUGCUACUGGUGCCCAAGGCACUGCUGUCAUCGACGCUCUCCUCGCUGUAUCCGCCGAUGGCUCCCCUUCCCCCUACGCUGUCCGUGCUUUGACUCGCGAUCCUAACAGUCGUCGCGCCAGAGAUCUCGCGGCCAAAGGCGUAGAGCUCUUCACCGGCUCGUUGGAUGACUUGCCCACUAUUCUCGCCGCCUUGAAGGGCACCUGGGGCGCGUUCGUAAACACAGACUCGUUCGUCUUCGGCGAGCAGAAGGAAGUCUUCCUCGGGAUGCGUAUUUUUGAGCUCGCGCAGCAGGCGAAAACCGUUCGUCACUACAUCUGGAGUAGCCUUGACUACGCUGCAAAGAAAUCGGGUUAUGACCCCAAGUAUAGGGUUGAGCACUUCGACGCCAAGGGCCGCGUCGCUGACUGGCUGAAAGCACAGCCUUCUAUCGCUAGUGACGAUAGCUUGUCCUGGAGCUGCCUCUCUACGGGGGGCCCUUACAUGGAGAUGUUCAAGUCGCCUUUCAUGGGCCCUCUCGCUCGCCGUGCCGAUGGCACACUCGUCUUCGCGUUUCCUACCGACCAGGGCCACAUCCCGAUGGCGUCCCUCAGAGACAUCGGCUUCUUUACCCGCUACUCCUUCGACAACCGUGCUGAGGUUUCGGGAAAGGACCUCGAGAUCGCGAGCGACAUGGUCACGCUUGACGACGCUGUCGAGGCCUUCAAGCGGGCCACCGGGAAGCCGGCCGUCGCGGUGCACCUCACCGUCGAGGAGUGGUUCCGCAACUGGAAGAAUACCGAUUUCCCCGUCUCGAAGGGCGAGGGGUCGGCAACGUUCAAACAGAGCUUCACGGCGUUCUGGUACGUGUUCCGAGACGACAUUGUGGAGAGGGACAUGGUCUGGAUCCGCAAGAUAAACCCUAAAGCGCAGACCCUUGAGCAGUGGAUGAGGGAUAAUGAGUACAAAGGGGAGGUGGACUCGUUCUCGCCGAAGGGCUGGGAGAACGGCGGCCUUCCUCUGGCUCCUGACUUGGAGCACAUCGCUGAGACUCUGGGAAAGGCGUAGAUAUGUAAUUUGCGCAAGUUUUAAGAUGUUGUCAUGUCAACUCGCGAUGCGCCUCCUGAUGAUUUAGAUGCACAUCUGCCCUGCUCCAAAUACGAUAGCAAUUUAUGACUCUGGGCACCAUGCUUCAAGUAGAAG